AUACUUCGAUAAUUCGGCCACACUAAUUCUCAUAUAUAUACACAAAUUAGCGUAUGUGUGAAAAAUCUUAUUUGCCAAAUACUUGUUGUAAUUGCUGAAUUGUAUAAAAAGUUUCCUAGAAAAAGAGCACAAAUCGAGCUUAGGCGCAUCUUAAAUACAUAUCUAUAAACUGCAACCUUGACUCUCAGAGAGGCGUUCCUGAGAAUCUGACGGCUGAAUCUGCGACUGUGAGUCAUUUGUCUAGGUUUUACCAAAACAACCACUUGCUAAGCCCACCACACCCGGAAAUGGCCGCCGUGGAAAACAAUGAGCCCCGAACGGAGUUGCAGGAGCUGCAGCUCAAGUCUGCCCAGGUUGCGGACGAAUCCUUGGAGAGCACCCGCCGGAUGCUCAGCCUUAUGGACGAAAGCAAGGAAGCGGGAAUUCGCACGUUAGUGGCUCUGGACGACCAGGGCGAGCAGUUGGAUCGCAUCGAGGAAGGCAUGGACAGGAUCAACGCCGACAUGCGAGAGGCGGAGAAGAACCUCAGCGGCAUGGAAAAGUGCUGCGGCAUCUGUGUGCUGCCCUGGAAGAAGGUGAACAUUAAGGAUGACGGCGACAGCGCCUGGAAGGCCAACGAUGAUGGCAAAAUAGUAGCCAGCCAGCCGCAGCGUGUGAUCGAUGAGAGAGAGCGGGGUGGAAUGGGUGCUCCGCCCCAGUCCGGCUAUGUGGCACGAAUCACCAACGAUGCCCGAGAGGAUGAGAUGGACGAGAACCUCGGGCAAGUGAAUUCUAUGCUUGGUAACCUACGAAACAUGGCACUGGAUAUGGGCUCGGAGCUGGAGAACCAGAACAAGCAGGUUGACCGCAUCAAUGCCAAGGGCGACGCCAACAACAUUCGGAUGGACGGUGUAAACAAGCGUGCUAACAAUCUGCUCAAGAGUUAAACAUGCACAAAUCGGUCUCAAAUCAAUAGCGAACUCGGUAGUCAGGUCCCCAGUAUACCCAAUGACCUCGAACCAAUGUUGUGGGCACAAAACAGUAGCUAAUGCGUUAUUUAUACAAUAUAUUAUAUACAAAUACAAGUAGACCAAUGGACUCCUAGUAGGAGCCAACGUAACUGACCCAUCUACUAACAAGCACUUACCUGCUAACCAAAAAAACUAAAUACUUUCUACUAUAUAUUGUCCACGACGUAUACAUAUGUAUGUACACAUUCUAUAUGUGCGUGCAAAGGCGGAACAACUACUAACUAACUAUAACUAUAAACCUACUUAAACUCGUGUACAAAUGGCAACCUGACUGUUGCCUGAAAAAAUUUUUAUUAUGAGAUUUACCGAAUGAUGUACUCUGUUUUUGGUACAAACUUUUUGAGGCAUUUUACUGAACUUUGUCGAAUCAAACUUGUAACUACUGAGCUGAAUAUAUGUGUAUUAAUAUAUAUAUUUACAGUCCCUAGAACCACCGCUUCCCCUGGCACACAGAUAGUUAAAGAUUAAUAAAGGUGGUGUCCUCAUAUCGUA